AUGAGCAAAAGGGGCAAUUUACCGUACGCUUACCAAGACUUGUUCCCACAGGCAGCCAAUCUGCCCAGGGACUUUCGCACGCCGGGCUCCAUCUCGGCAGCUUCGUUUGCCGAAUCGUCCUCUAGAAACACUACAGCGGCCUUUGCUCCAGCUAGAACUACAGAUAGACUGGGGUUGUUGGGCAAUUGGAAGAGGCUUUUGAAAAGACUUUUUAAGCCUAAAACUCUUGAUUUCGAAACAGCAACAUGGGAGGUGUUCCACUUGAUUGUGAACCCAAGGAAGAUGUACAGAUCGAAUUACACGUAUAAACAGCAGAACAGCAGGAAAUCCUCGUACGCUAGAGACGACCCAUCUUUCUUAAUCUUGCUUACGGCACUUUUAUCGUUUAGUGCAAUUGCGUGGGGAGCUGCUUACCUGCCCCAUUUCUGGGACAUUGUGAAGCUAAUUAUCAAUAUGGUGUGCAUUGAUUUCUACGUGACAGGCUUUUUCAUAGCCACUUUGCUGUGGCUUCUUACCAACAAAUUGGCCAACCCCCAGUUUUCUCUUCAGCAUGCCUUUUCGGCAGCGUCUCGUUACAAUGUAAACUAUAUUGACUGGACAUUUUGCUUUGAUGUUCACUGCAAUUCGUUCUUGAUGAUCUGGUGCUUGUUGUACAUGUUACAGUUCUUCCUUCUUCCCUUGAUCAACAGCAAAAAGUCCUUUAUCUCAAUGUUAUUGGGCAAUUCGCUUUACUUCGGUGCCGUUGGGUACUACUUUGUCAUUACGUUCUAUGGGUUUAACUCACUUCCAUUUUUCAACAGUCUAACAUACUACAGCUCAUUAUAA